AUGUUGCUGUUGCCUUUUACAAAUUUCAUCUUCGUCCCCAGGCAAGGCUUUGGUCAGCCUGGGUUUGGUCAGCAAGCUGGUCAAGACGGACAAGGCGGACAAGGCGGUCAGCCAUUCGGUCAAGGUGGUCAGCAAGGUGGCAAUGCCAAGGGCCAGUUUCCUGGAGAAAGUCAAGGAAAGUCUGGAGGAAAAGGCAGCGGAUUCGGAGCCAAUGCGGGGACUUCUGAUCGAAGCAGCAAGGGAAGUGGAAAGUCAGCAGGGAAGAAGCAAGAAUCCAAUGAGAUGACUUUGGACCAGUACCAAGCUGAGCAAAAGAGAAAGGCGGCUGAAAGGAAGGAAAAACAGCUGAAACAGCAGGAAGAGGCAAGAGCUGCCGCAAAAGCACGAGCAGCUGCCUUCGAGCGUGGAGAGCUGCCAGCCGAGGCAGAUGCACCCGCACUUGCACCUACAACGACAGCGAAAGAAGUGAAGAAAGAAGCUCCGGAAGCUCCGAAAGAAGGAACCAAAGUGAAAGAAGUGAAAGAAGUUUCGAAACCGAAGCCACAAGAUGAACCUGAGGAUUGGGAAGCUGAGGCAGAGAAGGAAGAAAGCAAAGAGGUGAAAGCAAAAGAAGCACCACCACCCAAGGUUGAGGAGAAGGUUGAGCCCAAAGUAGAACCUAAAGAAAAAAAGUCAGAGGCCCCACCCGCCCCACCGGCCCAAGCUGAAGCAGAACCAGAAGAGGAAGAAGAGGAAGUCAAACCAGAUGCUGGAAAGGAUUCAGACAAAAAGAUUCCAGAUCCCAGGCCGCAUCUCAACGUCGUUUUCAUUGGCCAUGUAGAUGCAGGCAAAUCAACCACCUGUGGAAACAUCUUGUUUUUGUGUGGCAUGGUCGAUGACCGUACUAUUGAGAAGUACAAGCAGGAAGCCGCAGGAAAAGCAGGAGAAAGUUGGUUCCUCGCCUUCAUCAUGGACACCAGUGAAGAAGAGAAAGUGAAGGGUAAAACGGUCGAAGUUGGGCGGGCAGCUUUUGAGACUCAGAACCGGCGCUUCACAAUUCUGGAUGCCCCCGGUCACAAGUCCUAUGUGCCAAACAUGAUUGCUGGUGCAUCAGCAGCUGAUGUUGGUGUCCUGCUCAUCUCCGCAAGAAAAGGUGAGUUUGAGACGGGUUUUGAGAAAGGAGGGCAGACUUGUGAACAUGCACUUCUUGCCAAGACACUAGGAGUGGACAAGCUAGUGUGCGCAGUCAACAAAAUGGACGACCCUACAGUCCAAUGGGAUGAAAAAAGGUACAAUGAGAUUGUUAAGAAGAUCGGCGCGUUCUUGAAAAAGAGCGGCUACAAGGAUGACCAAGUCAUUUUCUUGCCAAUGUCUGGCUUGAUGGGUGACAACAUCAAAGACAGAAAAGGCACACCUUCCUGGUAUCAAGGGCAAACCUUGCUUGACGCCUUGGACGGCAUCACUGUGAGUCGCAAAGCUGAGGGGCCAGUCAGAAUCCCUAUGAUGGAAGGCUACAAAGACAUGGGUGCAGUCACAGCAAUUGGGAAAGUUGAGCAAGGCACAGUGAAACCGGGCAUGAAAUGCAUUGUGAUGCCAACCUACAACAAGUGCACCGUGGCUUCCGUCUUCAUCAAUGAUGUUGACAUGCAGUAUGCAACAUGUGGCGAAAAUGUGACACUGAAGAUGACCAACAUUAGCGAUGAAGAGCUGAAGAAGGGUUACGUCCUGUGCUUCCAGAACCAGCCCAUACCCGUCGUUACAAAGUUCAAGGCCCAAAUCCAUCUCAUUGAGUUGGGCCCUGAUAGACCGGUGAUGACUUCAGGAUAUGUCGCAGUCAUGCAUGCGCACACUGCAAGUGAGGAGUGUGAGAUUUUGAAGCUCUAUGAAACGAUGGUCAUUCAGACAAAGAAAAAAGAGAAGAACCCGCAGUUUGCGAGACCAGAUUCGGUCGUUGUUUGCAGCAUCAAGCUUGCAAGACCGACUGCGCUGGACACGUUCCAGUCUUCGCAGCAGCUGGGCCGCUUCACUCUCCGAGUGGAUGGGAGGACGAUUGCCAUCGGAAAGAUCACAGAACUGCCCAAGUCAGCUGGUGAGAAUGCCUAAGUCAUUUUAUGCUCUCCAGAGUGAGUAGGCUGUGAUAAAAUUGGAAAUUGAAUCAGGCUGUCUGCAAUAUUGCGGCAGAAAAUAGAUAGCAGCCAGACUGCUUUCAAUGCUUCAGUUUGUCAGGCACAAGCGAGUGUCUUUCCUUUC